AUGAAUCCCAACCAUGGCGAGGAUCUGUCUUGGGACCCAAAGCCUUUACCUAUCAUCAUACAUGACCACACAUCAAGUCCGACUGAGCCUCCACAAACUGCGAUUUCCGAUCAACAAAAAACAACAAUGCUAGGAAACAACCACGAUUCUCCUGCCGAGAAUGUACAAGAUCAGGAACAAGAACCAAUUGCACAGAAUGAAGCGGACGCCUCGAUCAGUUCUUCGGAAGACGAGUCGAUUAUCGAUGAUACGUUGCAGAGCCAUAAACAAAAAGCGCAGCUCUGUAAAUCUCAAGAGUUGAAUAAAUCAGCAAAGAAAGGAAUUACAUGCGUAAGCUCAAAUAGAAGUUGCGCAAAACAAAAGAAAAACAAGAAGAUAGAAACCGCAGCUUUACACCCUCCAAGCGGAGAUACAACUCCAGAACAAACUGAAAACCUUCACCAAAUGAUUUAG